AUGAAACUUCUCGAUGUGCUCGCGAAAACAAGACUUGCUUCAGUUUCGAAACUUGAAACAGCGCUCACUGGGGACAGCAUCAUCGCAGAGCAUCUUCAAGACAAUGCCGAGUGUUCUAUGAGAGGAAUGUUGGAUAACGGAGACACUCACCCACUCGAUUCUCUUCACGCCGAUAACUUGGGAGGACCUCUUCAUGAAAUGUAUGUCGUGGCGAAAACACCGAACUCCUUCAUGUCCAACAGUGGCGAAUGCCAAAAGAUGAACUUUCGCUGGACAACGAACAAAAUCGCCGAAGUGACUUCAAGCGAGGUGACAAAAAACAGCAGCGUUCGGAGAAUGUUCGGCGGCAGCUCAAAAAGAACGAUGGACGCAAACCGAAUGUAUGCACGAACAACUCACUACCCUCUCGAUGAAAGCUACAUCAUGGACUUUUACUUCGACUCAAGCUCGAUGGACGGGCUAAAUGCGCGACUAAACAAACAGCUUUAUGGCGAAGAAGGGGGAUAUCUCAUUAGAGGAGUCGAAGAAUACGAUACCAGGAAGUAUGCAGUUCUCUUACAAGGAUGCCACGGUGGGAAAAAGUCAAACCUUUUCCUUUGCACGGACUGGAAUUGCCCCCUUCAAUCCUAUUUCUCUGAUUUUUCCGCGAUGACUGGUGGUGUAGACGAUUUUACGACUGCUUCACUCAUCUACCCUGACAAUCGCGAUGCCAACUGCAAGCACGACAAUGCUACUCCGCUCUGUUCCCCGUGCGAGGGCAAGGACAACUGCUAUGAGCUGAUGGACUGUGCUGACGGACAGACUAUCGACACCACCAAGACAUACGCGGACCUAGGAACAUUGACAAACGACUUUUUGAUCAGCUACGAGAUGAAAUUGCCAAGCGGUUACGCUGCCACUCACUUUGAAGAAUUCUUCAAAAUUACAACUGAUCCAAGCAAGGACGAAACAGAUGCUGAUUUCGACCGGCAUAAACACGAUGCUCUCUCGACUGGUUAUGCAACCAAUAAUAAUUGGGAUGAACGUUGGAUUACUUUGACUAUGGCAUCUCACACAAUUGCUGGAGUCAGGGCUGUUUUUAUAUUCGUCGACGACACUUUUGCUCCUGCUGCGGUUGGAUACGACCACACCCACUCCAACCCUUUAAUUCCCGAUGGCUACAAUGUUCAGCCAGACUUCGUCGUUGCCGGCGGAACUGUUAGGGAUGUUACUAGCGCUGGAACGCAAUAUGCAGUAUGGACCGGCGAAGUGCGCAACGCAUACGUUCAAAAAGGCUCGCUUCAGAAUAUUUUCCCCGACUCUAAAAUCAGCCGUCCUGAUAUUGCAAAGGGGACAAAAAUUUUUGAUUUCCUCGCGAAAUCCCGACUCGCUACAUACACAAGACUUCAAGAAGCAUUCACCGGUCAGAACGACAUAGCAGAGCAUUUGCAAGGCAAUGCCGAGUGUUUUAUGAGAGAUAUGUUGGUUUACGGAGAAACGCAUCCACUUGACUCUCUUCAUGCGGAUAAUUUGGGCGGACCUCUUCAUGAAAUGUUUGUCGUCGCAAAAACGCCAGACUCGUUCAUGUCCGAUAAUGGCGAAUGCCAAAAAAUGAACUUUCGCUGGACAACCAACAAAAUCGCCGAAGUCACGUCGACACAAGUUACUUCAAACGAUAAUCUGCGGAGAAUGCUUGGAGGCAACGCAAGAAGAAAGAUCGAAGGAAGUCGAAUGUAUGCCAGAACAUCGUUUUACCCAAAGAGUGAAGUGCACAUUUUGGAUUUUUACUUUGACGAGAGCUCGAUGGAGGGGCAAAAUGCCCGGCUCAAUAAGCAUCUUUACGGGGAAACAGGAGGAUAUGUGAUUCGAGGAUCUUAUGAAUACGCGACUGAAAAAUUUAUCGUCCUUUUGCAAGGAUGCCAUGGUGGAAAAAAGACAUCUGUCUUCCUUUGCUCAGAAUGGGAUUGCCCGCUUCAAGCUAAUUUCGCUACUUUCACCACAAUGGCUGGCGCUCAAGAUGAUUUCUCGACUCUUCCACUGAUUUACCCUGACAAUCGAGAUGCCAACUGCAGAUACGACAAUGCUGAUCCUUUCUGCUCACCUUGCAAGAGCAAGGAAAACUGCUUUGAGCUCAUGGACUGCUCUGAUGGCCAAACUAUUGAUUCGACUAAGACAUAUGCGAAUCUAGGAAACUUAGGCAACGACUUUUUGAUCAGCUUCGAAAUCAAAAUGCCAGCAGGCUACACUGCUACCAAGGACAACUACUUCUUUACCUUUACAACCGAUCCUGGCAAACAAUCAUCAGAUGGCGAUUACGAUAUUCAAAAGCAUAAUCCCUUGCCGAGGAGUAUUCAGUUCAGCAAUCAAUACAAUGAUGAGUUCUGGAUGACCGUCACUAUGGCAUCACACACAAUUGCUGGAGUCAGGGCUUGGUUUGCCUUCUACGACUACCCUGACAGUCCUGUUAUGGUUGAAUACGACCACACCGACGCAAAUCCAAAUCUUCCUGAUGGCUAUAAUAUUCAAGAGGACUUCUUCGUCGUGGGCGGCACUGUUUACGACGUCACAAGCAUUGGAGCAACAAGAGAAGUAUGGCCCAACGAAGUGCGCAACGCAUACGUUCAAAAAGGCUCGCUUCAGAAUAUUUUCCCCGAGUCUGCGAUUUCCCGUCCACAUGUUUCUAAGGGCUGGAAAAUAUGUCCCAAAUUCGCUCAAAUGGGCAUUGUCGCUAUGGAUGACAACUGUCCAGCGAGUGUUUCUUGCUCCCUGAGUACGGAACCGAAGUUGACACUUACUGCAAAGACACGAAAUCAGGGUGGUGGUGAUCCUUCAGAUGGAACUAUUUCUUUCCGAAUACCAAAGACUGGCUGCGACACGUGGUUUUCGAUCGACAGUACCGGCCCUCUCUUGAACGCUGGAAGUACAGACGAGUUCGACUGGGAUACGUCUGCUCUCUCGAAUUCUUGUUUCGAAAAUAUUGAUGAAAUUGAAAUCAAAGAAGAGAGUAACGAUGGAUGGAUGCCAGAAUGGAUUACUCUCGAUAUUGUCGACUUUGUCAAUUGUCAGACUACCACUUAUACAUACCCGGGUGCUUGGGUUGAUGCUUCGACAAUUACGUUAUCAAGAAGUUCGACGGAAGUUGCGAGUGGACUUUAA